CACUUGUUUAUUGUUCUUUUCUACUUACUUACACGCCAUCUUUAAUCCCCCCCACCCUUUUUUUACUAUAUCCAAAAAUCCCAGACGAGCUGUGCUCUCUGAAUUGCCUUUACUAUUUAUCUGCUGUGCAGGAUACUCCAAAUUAAUCAAUCUUGACGGAUUCAUUGUCGUUGCCGGUCAACGUGCUCUGCUCUCCGUUCGCCAGCUCCAACCAACUUGCUCCGCCUCAAUCUUCGUUAUAAUUCAAUUUGCAUCUUUCGUGUCGGGACUGGAUCCUUGCGACAAAGAAGAAAAAAAGCCUCGUCUGUUGCUGUGCCACCCAACAAACCAACAGACACGCUGUGAACUGCUUAAUCCGGCUCUGGUAGUCUUUUUAAAUCAGUUCAUCGUCAACGACCACUUCGACACGCUUUACGCUACUAUUUACACCUUUGUCUAUACUUAAUAUCUAUUGCUAUCAACAUGUCCGCUGUUCAACUCAAGUUCAACCUGCGCACCUCGUCCAAUGUCAAGACCGUGCAUCUUGUCGGCUCCUGGGACAACUACGCACGCCAGAUUCCCCUUUCUCGCGAUGGCUCCAAGUCGGGCUCGUGGGUGGGCAAGUUCCGCUUCCAGACCUCGAUGCUGAAGCUUGGUGGCCGCUACUGGUACUACUACAUCCUUGACGGCUACCACGUCUCGCACGAUCCCGCUGCCGAAUACACCGUCGAGCCCACCACCGGCCGCAAGCUCAACAUCCUCGACGUGCCCGGAGGUAAAGAGUCUUCUUCUUCAUCGUCGUCCAACCGCCGCAGCAGCCGCCGCUCUGAGGUUGCCACCGGCCGCGGAAUCUCGCCCUCGCGCAUCCACCACCCCAAGCCCUCCAAGCCCUACGCCUCCCGCCAGCUGCGCGAGGCCGACUUCGCCCCGCAGAACAUGGAGGAGCUCACACGCCGCUUCGCCUCGUCCCGCAUGUCCGACGACUACAGCGACCUGUCCUCAUCCCCGCCUUCGUCCGUGGGCUCGUCGCUCUCGUCCCGCUCGUCCGGAAGCACCUCGCCCUCUUCCAUCAGCUCCAUGUCGGAUUCCUCCGCGUGCCACUGCGAGCGCUACGGAAUCACCCGCAAGGGAGACCGCGUCAAGCUCGACUGCGGCGGCAGCAAGUGCGGCUACAUCUCCGAGUCGUCUGAGGACUCCUGCUCUGAGGACGAGUCUGACUUUGAUGAGGAGUACAGCCGUGCGCGCCGCGGUGCCCGCCGUCAAGGUAUUGUUGUUCGUCGUUAGAUGGAGUGAGAACUGCAACUUAGGAAUAUUCUUCCUUCUCUCUCUCUCAUUUUAUUAUCAUUAUCUGUGACCGCAACAAUGUCCGGAUUGACUGGCUCAGAUCGGCUUCUUGGCUUUGCUUUGCUUGACAUGUGCUUGUGCUUGUGCAGUUGAACACCUGCAGUACUUCGGUACCUUCAGUACAGUCACUCAUUUAAUCUGCUGUUGGUCUUGUCGAGUUUGUUUAAAGCUUGACACCAACAUGCCCAUACUAGUUAUAUAUAAAACCCGCAAAAAAAGGAUGACCGGUCCAGACGGUCCUGUCCUCACCGGAUGCGGGUAUCACGAGCUGUGCUCGACUCGUGCCCGGUGAGUGAGGGAUCAGAAGGGCUGGAUGGGAUAUGAAUGAGAACAGGCAUAAAUCAGACAAGGACCGCUCUGUUGCAGUUUCUGCAGUUUCUCAGACCUGGCUGCACAGCCUGGCGGUAACUUGGUGAAGUGGAGG